AGUCUGCGAGAGAAGGAGGUCGUGUCCGACGUUACUGUGAAAUUUUCGCUUUUUCACAUCGCAACAUCGUUUUUGUUUUUCCCAAAACAUUUUUUUUCCGAAACUAAUUUCAAACAUCAUACAAAGCUAUUUUUGUUUUGCUAGCCCAAUUAGCAAUUGUUUUCCAAUGAAAGUGUGACUUUGGUUUUCUGCUCCCGCCACCUGCAUCGGACACCAUUUUUUUUUUUUUGCUCGACCCGCGUGGAUUUCAGUUGCACCUGUGCUUCUUUUCCCAACCGAAUACAUUCUAUGGUUUAUGUCUAUGUGUGAGUGUCUGUGUUAUAGAGAGUUUGGUGGUGUUCCUGGGUGUCAGCCCAGGGCCUGCGUCGAUCAUCAGUCGCAGCCAAAAAGAGAGAAAAAGCAGAUAUACUCUAUACUGAUUAGCAUACGAUUUGACUGUUAAAAACGUUUUCAGACCUCCCAGGAGAGAAAUAACUAUACAAAAAAAAAACCAAAAAAGGAUUGAUGUUUGUUUCUUUUCGACUUUGAUGAGCCAUCGGUGUGUGUACCCGUGUGUCUCUCGUGAAUGACUCUGACCAACAGAGUCUGUGAUUGGCUACCAUCAUCCCGUGAAACUGGAUUAAAACUGUGAGCCGGAUUAUCCUUUAUUUCUUCUUCAUACCCCAUACACUCACUUGUGCGUGCUACAAUCGAGUGGAACUAAAACUUUUCUCUCCCCCCCCCCAUCUGCACGUGAUCAGUUCAAUCAUCAUGGAUUGGCAGUCGACGAAAAUGCUCCACCUGUCGGUUUGCCUGCUGUUGAUCACCUUGUUAUCCACAUCAUGCGACGGACAGCAACAGCAGCAAUACUUUACCGAGCGGCCGCAGAACACUAGCGUCCGUGAGGGCCAGAUGGCCGUCCUACGUUGCAAAGUCGGUAACCAGCAAGGCCGUGCUCAGUGGACCAAAGAUGGAUUCGCUCUCGGUUUCGAACGAACGAUCCCGUCCUUUCCGCGCUACACGAUCAUGGGCAGCGAGGAACAAGGCGAGCACAACAUUCGGAUCGAGAACGCGACGCUCGAUGACGACGCCGAGUACCAAUGUCAAGUCGGACCGCGGGGAUUGUCCAAGCCCAUCCGGGCAGACGCUCAGCUUACCGUACUCAUUCCGCCUUCCAGCGUGGAAAUUGUCGACUAUGUGGCCGGAUCGCGGAUCAUGUCCAGGGAAGGGGAGGAAUUGUUGCUCCAGUGUUUGGUGCGUAACGCCAAACCGGCGGCUGAGAUCGUCUGGUUCAAGCGCAACGUGGAAAUUAAAUCCGAACGGAUAGAGAACACCACCUCCGAUGCUGAAUUGCCUCGUCGAUUCGACACCCGAUCCAAGUUGACUAUUCGAGCCCAGCCGGACGACAAUGAAGCCGACUACAUUUGUGAAGCCCGUCAUCCGGCCCUGAUUGCGCCCAAACGCGCCAGCGUGGCUCUCAACAUUCAGUAUCCACCAGGACCGCCGGAGAUUAUCGGUUACACGGAAGGAGAAACAGUCCGCAUGGGCCAGGAAGUGAAACUGGAGUGCAUUUCGCGCGGCGGCAAUCCACUAGCGCAAAUUGUCUGGUACAAGAAUGAAGUCAAGAUUGAUCACGCUUACGAAACGACAGGUCGUGAAUCGCGAAACGUUCACAUUUUCCGUGCCGAGGCGAGCGAUAAUAACGCGCGCUUCCGCUGCGAGGCCAGCAACGCGCUCACCACCACGCCCAUGAAAGCCGAGAUCACGCUCACCGUUCACUUCGGGCCAAAAACGGUGACAGUCACGGGGCCCAGUGAGGCCAAAGUGAACGAUACGGUGUCGCUUGAAUGUUCGACGACCAACAGUAAUCCAGCGGCGCGAAUCACGUGGGUACUGGACGGGCGGGAAGUGCGCGAAAAUGGAUCGCGCAUUGCCACGUCGCCCGACGGCGGAUGGGUUUCGUCCUCUAACUUGACGACCACCGUUCGCGCCACGGGCCGUAACGUAACUGUGUCGUGCCAUGCCAUUGUGGCCGAUCUUGCCCAGCGUGUCGCAGAGACGAAAAUCAUCAGCGUCGUCUAUCCACCGGAAGCGCCUAGCAUCUCGGGAAUGCGUGAUCGGACUAUUCGGGACAAUUCGUUCUACCAAAUGAACUGUAUGUCGAUGGGUGGCAAUCCUCCCGCCACGCUCAAAUGGUUUUUGUCGGGUAGCCGUAAAGAGAUCAAAGCCAACUACACAAAUCACGGCAGUGUGGCACAGUCGCUGCUGGAAAUGCAGGCCAAACGCGAAGACAACGGCAAGGAACUGCGUUGCGAGGCCAGCAAUCCGGCCCUUGAGGGAAAUUUGGUUGAUUCCACAACUAUCAGGAUCGAGUUUGCUCCGAAACAAUUGACGGUGAAAGUUCGGCCGGAGAAACUUCGGCCCGGUCAAAUGGUGACGAUUACGUGCGAAUCAGAUAGCAGCAAUCCAGUUUCGCGAUUGACGUGGCUUCGGGGCAACGGCCAAGUUAUCCAACCAGCUGGAAAUAGCACGGUACCUGGCGCCUAUUCGGGCAUCGUUAGUAAAUCGACGCUGCAGAUGGAAGUCACACCCGAAUUGCACGGUGUAGUCAUCACCUGUCAGGCCAAUAACGGUAUCGGCCCGCAAAUUCACGACGCCAUCACAUUGGAAGUUUUAUACAAGCCACAGUUUCAGCAACCAAGCGAUUAUAGCGUGGACGUGAUCGAAGGCGAGCCGGCCAUCGUCAACUUGACUGCGCGGGCCAAUCCUUCUGAAAUGACUUACAAAUGGUUCCGCGAUGGCACUGCCAUCAAACAGUUGAAGGAAGCCAACGCUUAUGAUCGCAUUACGUUUGAUGGGCCGUUGCUCAACUUGACGGUGGUGCGCAGAGACGACAAAGGCGAAUACAAAUGCGAUGCCACCAACGCCGAAGGUUCCCGCAGCCACACCGUGCGACUCAACGUCCAAUAUCCCGCUUCCAUCGUUCAAGCUCGAUCGACUGUCAUGAUUAACGAGGGUAGCGACGCUGAAUUUGAAUGCCGAGCGGCUGGCAAUCCGCUGACGACCACAACAGUAUUUUGGCGCCGGGCUGGUUUCGAUAUGGAAGGACGUACUUCACAAACACCGGGUGUCGGUGUGGCUUACCUGCUUGUCCGAGAGAUCACUCACAACGACACUGGAGCAUUCGAAUGUGUAGCCAACAACGGCAUUGGUCAGGAAUCGAUCGAACAGACGUGGCUCGUAGUCAAAUAUAAGCCGCUGAUGGACGACUCUCCUCAACUGACGAAAGCUGCCGGAGACGAGGGACAAUUGGCCAAAUUGGUAUGCAGGGCUCAAGGAGCGCCCAACAUCAGUUUCGGAUGGUCGCGGGAGGGUACGCCUUUGACUCCUAGCGACAAGUACUCGUUUAGUACGCGCCAGGUGGACAUCGUGACAUGGGAAUCGACAAUGGGUGUCAGCAACGUUCGCUCGCGUGACUACGGUCUCUACGAUUGCAUUGCCCGCAAUGAGAUGGGCACCAAUUCGGCCAAGGUGGUCUUGUCGGGCACUAGCCGCCCCGAUCCGCCAUUGGCCCUGCACGUUGUCAACGUCACUCACGACUCUGUUUAUUUGGCGUGGCGUUCCGGCUUUGACGGAGGGCUAUUUCAAUCGUACCGCUUACGAUACCGCCAGAUCGGAAACGAAUUUUACAAAUACGCGGAUGUCUACCCGACCAACGUGACCGCUUUCACGCUGGGUGGACUGGCGCUGGGCACUGAAUAUCUCUUCGGCAUAAUGGCGUUCAACAAUCUUGGCGAGAGCAACUACACACAGGAUAUCGUCAAGGCCAGGACGUCGAGUCCCGACGACGACAUGAACGCCGAUCUGCUAUUGACGCGUGGCGAUUCGCCCAAGAUCAUCAUCAUUGCCGUUUCGACAGCUGGUGCUUUACUUCUUGUCCUCAAUGUGGCUCUCGUUCUCUGCUACCUGAUUCGAAGACGUAAGAAGAAAUGCAUGGAAGAAGCCAUGUCCAGCGAAGGCGGUAGCAGUAAAUCGGCCACUAUUGAAAUGUACGCCCCGAGUAGCUACAACGAAACGGUCAACGGAGAAACGCUCAGCUCGAUAUCGGAAAAGAGCGAGUCGUACAGUCAAAACGGAAGCCACAGCGAUUACGCCCCUGAAGAUGCAUCCAAGGUAGCCGUUAGCACUUACCUGAUCGAUCAAGCUGACGGCCAAGUAGCUUACGGAUCCUACCGAGUGGCUGCCAAUAAUCCAGCUCAAGCUGGCAGUGGACAUGGAACCCUGUCACGUCCACCCAAGUCGGUCAAUUUCGACAUGGGUGAGGACAACUACAUUGACACUCUUCGUCGCAACGCCUACACCCAAGGCAAUGAAGCUAUGUAUGGCAAAUCUCGGAUGGUGACGCCCAUUUCGCCUCAUUCGGAUGCGUACUAUGGUGUCAACGCCAAUUCACCAGUCAACUACCCUCCGGCGCCGCAUCCUUCAUUCCACACGACUGGCACCAACCAUCGCUACAAUCCAUUGAGUGAACCAACUGGAAAUCAUGGCGCACACAGCCCCUACACGCCGAUGGGCACGCUGAAUAUUCCGGCUGCCAACGGUGUCUACGGUCCGUCUCCAUCGUCGUCGGGACGAGCGUCUGCUCUACCCGUUAACCUGCCCCUACCGCUGCCCAUGUCGAUGCAAGGGCACGGCCAAUUUUCCUCGUUUAAUCCAUCGGAAGGUCCUUCACCAAUCAUGGAGGCUACGGCGCAAUUCUCCGGUCCGUCUCUCGCCACGGUGCGGUCCCUCGAAACGGAGGGCCAUCUUGUUUAAAAUGAUUUCUUUCUUGAAGAGGCAUAACGAUCCAUCUUUUCCCUUAAGCAAACACACACACACACACACCAAUCCGUUCGUUCCCGAAAUCCGAACCCGUCUCUUCUCGCACUCCCAAAGAAGCAAGAUUUAAAACGCAGCGAAAUGUAUUUUUCGUUUUCGUUUCCCUCCCUAGCCCUGAGUUUGAAAAAAGCUCAAACAGACCACCUCUUUUUCUUUUGUUUUUUUGUUUUUUUAGAUUGUGACAGUUUGUCAUAGGCGAACAAAAGGCAUCUACCAUGUAAAGUGUUGAUCAUGUCCUAUACGACUUGAUUGUUCAACGAUCUCAAAAGUUGUUGGCCCAUUGUGCGGCAAAAUCCAUCUCUAUUGAAGAUUUCCGUUGAGACUGUAAGCGCGCAAGGCCGGCUCGUUUUCCCGGAUGAAAAACAAGUCGGCGGCGAGUAUGUAUAAUAUACCUACAUAAAUAUGAAUAUAGAUAAGAGUUAUGUCAUGUGCCUUACAUCGGUAGUGAGGGUUGCCCAGCGCGCGUGUAGUAUCCCUACCUUUUCUCCAUCCUUAUUGUUCCAUAAUGUUUCCGCGGGCCCUCUUAUUUUGAUGAUUUCUGUAAAUUUGAAUUCGCGGUGCGUAUACAAUUGUAGUAAUUGUACAGUAGACAGGCACCGAAGAAAACUUGUUGUCCUUUUGAAGACAGUCCCAAUUUCGUCGGUUGUCUGUCUUGCUUCUUUUCCCCCGGACGCCGUUUGCCAAGUAAUUCCUCCUCGCGAUUCUUCUUUUAACCAAGCAAACAAGAAAUAAUGUUCUAUUCGCCCUCUGAAGAUUGCUCUUGUCUUGUUUCUUCUCCCUUGAGUUGAAGUUAUCAGUUUUAUUUGUCUUUUUUUCUUUUUUUUUUUUUCAAUUACAUUAUGUUUGAAACGAUCGCAAGGCAAGGGAAGAGGGUCUAGUCAGGUGGCGGUUAUCAUCGUAAGUUUAACCAAAGAGGAAACAGUAACUUGACUCCCAACAUGCAGACAAUUCUUUCUUUUUUUUUUUUUUUUUUUAUU